UCUAAACAACAUGGCGGCGAUCAUAACACCGCAAGUCAAAAAGGAUAGGAAUUGCUUUGAAAGGCCUGGCGUGUAAUUUUCUAUUUUGCUUUGUAACACGAUGACUCGACAAACGUAUGAAACCGUUAUGAUACGUUUGCAAUAUUUUUCAUAACCUUAAUUUUUUAAGUCUUCAAACGGGUAAAAUUGUGUGUGAAACUAUGACGAAAGUUUCGAGUGUGUCGCCCUAGAAUCUAGCCUAUAGAUGAGACGGAGGCUAGUAUUUCAGGAUGUCACGAAGUGUACCAUGGCGCCGGACGGUGACCGAUGCCUGUUGCUGGCACCAGGCCGAAGCUCAAAAUGCGACUAUCUACAUCUUACGAGAGACAGGACCUACAGGAUUUCUAUUAAAAGAGGAAGGAGAAAGCAAGAACUUCAAGGUGUUCCUCGGAGACCCCCACAGCUGUACGUGUCCUGUGUUCAGGAAGGAGAAGGAUCUUUGUAAACAUAUAUCAUGGCUGCUGCUCAAGAAGUUCAGGGUCCCGAAGGAGAAUCCAGUCACCUGGCAGCUGGGGCUUGUGGAGAGAGAAAUCAACGAGAUACUGCGAGGACAGAUGUCCCCUCGACGUAACCAGGCCAAGAAGCCAAUGUCUAGAAACGCAACAGCGGAUGCUGAUGGGAGGACCGCAGUGCAGCAGAGAGACAUCGACAAGGAGGACGUGUGUCCUAUAUGCCAGGAGGAACUACUUGAUAAACGUCUCCCAGUCACCUACUGCAAAUUCGGCUGCGGGAACAGUGUCCACAUCAAGUGUAUGAAGAUCUGGGCCGAGCAUCAGCAGGGUGUUGGGGACAAGAACAUUAAGUGCCCCAUGUGUCGGGAGGACUUCGGACCCUUCAACCUCCUGAAGCUGGAGAUGCGGAAUGCCUCAGACAAGCAGGCGGCGGCAGGGAGGAUGGACAGACAUAUUGGAACCUGCUGCCGGAGCUGCCAUAUUGCUCCCAUUGAGGGCAAGUGCUACAGGUGCACACAUUGUACCGAGUAUUAUCUAUGUCAGUCCUGCUUCAACACUCCGACACACACACAGCAUUCCUUUGAAUACAGACAUAAGAGAAACCAGCGAUGGCGUCCAGCCGAGCGUAUGUUUGGUGCAUCGGUCCCCCGGGCAGUGGCCACAGACAUGAUGAACAGAGAGCUGUCCGCCUCCGACUACGACCUCCUGCUGCAGCUAGACAGCACGCAGCACACCAGCAUGACGAGCGACAUCCCGGAGGAGGUGGUCAACAUGCUCCCACUGGAGCGGGUCCGAGAACGCAGUCAGCUCCUGGCUCCCGGCUCACAGUGUCGCAUGUGUCUCCGCUCCUUCGUGGUGGGACAACAUGUGCGCAAACUUCCCUGCAAACAUAAGUUUCACAAAGACUGCAUUGACAACUGGCUACUCCACUCCCGGCCAACGUGUCCCGCCGAUGGCCUGCAGGUCUGGAGCCCAGUCACAGGAUUCGCGGAGCAGAUCGGAGCGCCACGGACCCUGCAAGCCAGACGUCAAUCCGAUGCCUCACUGCCUAGUGAGUCUACUUCCUCAAGGGGGAUAACUCUGGAGGUCCCAGGAGUAGGUAUAGCAUCUCUGAGCCAAGGCUCAGCCGGCAGACAAGACCCUGGGGGGAUGGUGCGUCGCCCCGUGCGAAACAUGUCCAUGCCCCACCGCCCCCCAUCCAGCAUGGAACUAGCAGGGGUAGCGCUGGGUGCUGAGGGGGAAAGACUUGCCUCCCACCACCUUGAUAUGGAGAAUAUGUUGCCGGGCUCACGACUUCUGCAGCGAGCCAUGCAGCAUCGGAACGAGCUCGCGCACCAGCUCGCUUACAUGCAGGCCGGGGAGGCAGGGACACCGCCACUACCUGCUGCACAGAUUGACCUGGGGGAUGUACUGAGGGCAGCAGGGAGUAACAGUGCCCCACCGGUGGUGGAGCGGAAGCCACCCACAGGGUCACAGACACACGCCAGGGGAGCAGGAGUUGAUUCUGCCGAGAGACGUGGCCGAGGUCGACAUCGCACAAUGAACCAAACAGAUGGUGCUACCAUUCGACACAGAUCAUCAAGUCGAGAGCGGAGCAAUUCACAAGAACGACAGAACCUUCUACGGAGCAUACAGGCAUUUCAAGGUUUGUACCUGGGGAAUAACCCUCGUAUCAAUCCACCACAAGGGGAGACAACUGGAAACUCCCAACGCCAACCGGCAAACCCGUACAGAAGAAACACAUCGUUGUCCACCAGGUCCAAGAGGACCCCCCAGUUGUCCGAGCAGGCACAAAGAACAGUGGAUAUUGUGAUGGAGGGCAGUCACAUAGACAGCCUCACUCUCAGGGACAUCCUUCGUUGAAGCAAGUCUUGUGAAAGAUGGCAGCACAUUUCUGGGAAGUCUGACCAUAAUGUGAUUUACCGAUUUUAGGAAACUGGUAGGCUGUCAUUAGGUUAUUAGGACAUGAUAAUUGUCAGAGGUUACGAGAUUAUAUUUUUGCUUUUUAUUACCUCCGGCUACUGGGAUAAAACCAAAGCAGGACACAUAAAACCACUUCUCAUACCUCCAUGUCAGAAUGACGUGAUCUGAUUUGUCCACAUGAUCUUGACAAAAUGUUAUGUAUCCAGCCUUGGUGGGGAUUUAAUUUCUCAGCGCGUGUAUAAAUCCCUUAUACCCCGACACAAACAAGUCAGACUGCAGGUGGAUUUCUAAGAGACAGAAUAAAUCCCUUAUAUCCCGCUUCAAAGGAAAAAAAUGAACUUAUCUUACCGACAUGUUUUAAAAUAACAUUGUAACAGAAUUAAAACAAAUUAAAAAUUGGUUGAAAACGGCUGUCCGAUUGAGCUGAAGUUAAUUAUGCUGUGUCACGUAACUUUCAUCGACUCGUAAACAUGCAGCUUUUUUUCGUAGCCAGAGAUUUAUUCUUCCACUCAGGAAUCUAUGUGCAGCCUGUUUUCUUCAUGGCGGGGUAGAAGGAAUUUAUUCUGCUGCUCAGAAAUUUGUUUCCUUCCGAGGGGGAUAGGGGGCGGUCGGCUAGCCUAGUGGUUAAAGCGUUCGCUCGUCACGCCGAAGACCCGGGUUCGAUUCCCGACAUGUGUACACUGUGUGAAGCCCAUUUCUGGUGUCCCCCGCCGUGAUAUUGCUGGAAUAUUGCUAAAAGCGGCGUAAAACCAUACUCACUCACUCCGAGGGGGAUACGUAGUCUUUUAUCAAGAUCAUAUGAACCAAUCAAAUUUCAACAUUCUGACAUAAGAGGUAAGACAAGGCCUGUUGUUAUACUUACAACAAAUCUCACUGACAUGAACUAGCUUAAGUUGGAUUAGAUCCUUCUUCAUUCUUGUUCUAUUUCAGUUCAGUCAAUAUUCCAUUGUUAAAUUAUAUGUGAUAGAGAAAUCAGAUAUUUUUUUAGAACUAAUGCAAGUUAUUCAGAUAUUUAGUUAUAAAAUAUGUUUUACAUCAUAAUGUUAAUGUUUUAUGACACCCUGUGUACACCAGCCCCCGCUGUAUUCCAUGAUUCCGUGGUCGCAGAAUAUUUUGCAGAAAUGUCCACUUGGUGCAGAAAUGUGCCUAUCUUGCAGAAAAUCACAUUUUAUGCAGAACUCGUAUAGAAUUUUGCAUUUAUGUGCUGCAGAAUUCAUCAAUUACUCUUCAGGACUUUAACAUGUGAGUCGAAAGCUGGUUUUAAAAGUGUAAUCGGAUAUUUAGUUCAUUUUGAUGUGAAGUUGGCUUUGAUAUUAUUGUUUACCGAAAGUGCAUGUCUGUAGGUUUACACGAGUGAUCUCCAGAUUCAAUUCAAUAAGGUGUUCUAGCCUUGGAUACGAUUAUCAUAAAAAUGCCUGCCACAAGUCAAACAUGCAAAACUACAAAAAUCAUGAAAACUUAAACUUAAGCUUAAACAGAAUUGUGUGCAGAAUUAUCAAAAUUUGGUUGCAGAAUUUACAAAAAAUGAUGCAGAAGUUUUUAUUGUUUUUAUCCACGGAAUAAAUCGAGGACUGAUACACCCAUGGCUAAUUAUAAGACGGUAUUAUGCUAUCACACCACCACACCAAUUUGCCAAAAGCCAUUGCCCAAGACCAAAUGUAUUUUGUUUUGAUAUUUUUUUGUCUGGUCUUGUACUGUCGGACAUGUAAGAGUAAUUAGCGGACAUGAGAAUUUUCCUCAGGUUCCCGGAAAUCCAGGAUUUUUCCUCUCGGUAUAAUGUAAAAUGCACUUAUUUAAAUCCUUGUUUUUUAAUUUUCUUAGGUGGGGGCAUGCCCACCAACCCUCCUAGACUGCUGAUGUUCCUCCCAAAAAAAGUUUUGCUGUUCUCAUGUCUGUAUUAGAAACCUAUUUAUUAUAAUGUAACAGCAGAAAAUACAUCUGUUAUAGAGCAAAGCAAUUACAUUACAGAUGUGUCAGUAAGCUCCAGAGAUUGCAAAGGAUACUCUACCAUUUGACUUCAAAUGGAGGAUUAUUUCUAUUGUUUACAUGUUAUGUUACUAUAGUUACCUGAUGCUGAUAGUGUCAUAUACCUGUGAUAAGUGGAUGAGUGAAUGUUGUUUUACGCUGCAAUCAGCAAUAUCAAUGCUGCCUGUAAAUACUUGAGUCUGGGCCAGAUAUAGAAAUGGCUGAAAGCAUGAGUAUCGAUGCAAGCUAUCGGGACACAAAGACACGAUCAGCCCGGUCAGAUGUUGUGUCCAACUAAUCCCAACUAUCAGUCACCCCUUAAAACCAACAUGGAGUACUAGAGACGUAUACUGUCCAGUAUGUCUCCAGGGUUCUAGCUGCAAUACGGUUAUUCGAAUGUAUAUAUGCAGGGUAAUGGCCAGACUAUUUCAUACUUGGUUUAAGAAUCUGUUGACUAUCAUCAAUUGAAAUGUGAAAAUAAAAUAAGUAAAAUGUUAAAGAAAAAAUCAUUUACUGUUUCUAUCAAUAGGAAUAAGUUAUUUAGAAUGCUAUAAUUAUAACCUGUUGAAUAUCUUUCUUUUACCAUCCUACCACAUAACAUUUGGGGGGGUGGGGAAUAAAAUGGAAUUUUCUUAUUUAAUUAUUUUCGACCUUUCAAACCCCAAGUCAUAAGUCAGUUACUCAUUUGAAAACAACUCCUCCUGUUUGAGUAAUUAUUACAUGAAAUUAUUAUUUUCUAUCUGAGAAGUUACUUUACAUGAUAGAUACCACGAAUUUGACUAUUUGGUUCCAGAAAUCUUACCAAUUUCAUGGGAUGUUAGUAAGGGUUAACGAUACACCUACCUCGAUACAUGUCGCGAUGCUUGUGCCACAAUACUCAUUUGACGAUUUUGAGUAAAAUUCAUCCUGUUCCGUACCGUCCUGCUAUCAAGGGGUUGUUGCUAUCACUCUGUGUUUAACUCGCAGGACUGUUUCAGCUUUCCUCUUACUGAUACUAUUAUGCAAUCAUUGUGUCUCGAGAUAAGAAGUGGGGCAAUGCUUACAGGAGUUAUUGCAAAACUAUAAAUAUUACAGUUUUGCUGCACUCAGCAUUAUUCCAGCCCGAUUUAUGUUAGGGAUAGCGUGUAUUGAAUCAUUGGUACAUCCAUGAGUUGUGACACCCCUAGAUGUCAGUGUCAAAUUGUUCCUCGUGUAAUGAUGUUAGAUAUUAUAAAAAGAUGAUGUUUAACAGAUUUACCACACAUGUUGUGACUUAUGCAUUAACCAUUUCAAUUUUUCUGUAACAAAAUGAGUCGAUGACUUAAAGAGUGUAAAAAGAUUUUAUUUACGUUAUUUAUUUUUGUACCAAUAAAUUCCAAAUAGUUGAUGGUAGCAAUGAGACUGUUUAUGCAAGAUGAGUUUGUUUGUAUUAUAUAUCUAGUCACUAAGAUGUUGCGUGCUGUGAUUCAAUGUACAUAUGAUAAUUUAUAGGACACAUUGUCAUUAUAAUUCCCAGUUCGAUUCCUGUCAAGUGGAAGUUAUGUAAACUUCCCAAUCUCAUUAAAAUCAUAUCUUAGUUCUCGCUACAGCUUAACAAAGAUCUGAGGACAUCCCAUUGUCAUGU